AUGAAAUUCUCUAUCUCUACCGCCUCCGUCCUCGCCUUUGCUUUCCUAUCCACUAUUGUUAAAGCUGACAGUUACUCCGAUGCCAUCAAAGAAUUUUGCGAUGGCCUUGAAGUAACCGCACCUACUGAAAGCGAUGUCUUUGUAGCUGGUCAAAACGCUACUGUUACUGUCACUCGUGUUCCCAACAACCAUGAAAAGACAAUUACUGGUCUUGAUUUGUACUCCGUUGAUAGCAAUGGUACUCCCAAGUAUGUCCAAAACACCUGGGCUGGACAAUACAGUUUGAAUAGCCAAGCUUCUAUUUCCGACGAUAUUCCUACCUCAGUAGCUGCUGGCUAUUAUUACUAUCGUGUUUGGGUUACAAACAUGAUUAAUGGUCAACAUGGACCUGACUGUCUUAAAACCUCUCGAACUUUCAAGGUUACCACAUCUUCCCAUACAAAUGCCGAUGGUGUCACAUCGUAUGCCGAGCAUUUAGAUGACACAACUUACUUCAAACCGGAAUUCGCUAGAGGAUGUUUCGGUUUAACAGUCCAACAGCCUGCACAAGAUUCAUCUUAUAAGCAAGGAGACUUUGUUACUGUCCUCUUAAACCGUGAUAGUGCUUCUCAAACAGAUUCCUUGAAGAAGGUUGAACUCUAUAAAUUUGUUGAUGGUCAAAACGAUGAGUCCAUCGAGACUAUUUGGAGCGGUGAAGAAGGUCUCACUAAUGCCUUUAGUUUCAAAGACCACUUGAACAUCCCCAGUGACAAAUUGGAAAACGGUGCUUUGUAUUAUUACAAGGUUGAUGUCAGCAGUCAAGUUCAGGGUGAAAGCUGUAGUUUCCAAUCUGGUGCUUUCAAAGUUACCGCUUAA